UUUUUAAUUAACCUUAAAAAUAUGUAAAAUAAUGCAAUAUGUGUUAUGCACAGUAAUAAUGAAAAUCAUUUGUAAUGCAUGGAAUGUAUGGAUUGCACAAUUUUAUUUUCUUUUGAACACAAUGAAUAAUGAAGCAAAAUUUUUAUAAUUAAUUAUUAACGUAAUAUUAAUUUUCAAUUCACUAAUAUUUAAAUUAAUGUGCAAUUAAUUAAAUUUAACAUAAAUUAUGGAAGCUUGUAAAGAAUUAAAAGCAAAAUAUGAUCGUUGUUUUAAUGAUUGGUUCUCUGAAAAAUUUUUACGCGGAAUUUAUGAUGAUAGUGAAUGUGCACCAUUACUUAAAGUUUAUACCAAGUGUGUAGCGCAAGCAAUGAAAGAUCAAAACAUAAAUUUGGAUGAAAUAAAUAUAGCUCAUUUAGGAACAGAACAAGAAAAGAAAACUGAAAAUUGAUAAUUAUGUUUUUAAUAAUAAUUUUGAAUUCUUUAACAGAAUUUUUUUUUAUAUUUUAUUAUAAAAAUGUGCUAUAUAUUCUUUCAUAAAUAAUGAUUAUGAAUUUUCAUUAAUAAAUACCAAGUAUAAAUAUUGAUUUUUAAAUGUAUGCAUUUUUAUUUUCCUAUACAAAAAUUUUUAAAAAUAAUAUCAAGAACUUCUUCAUUAUUAAUAGAACCAGUUAUUUUGCCAAGUUCUCUUGCUGCAUUUCUAAUAUCCUGCAAAGAUAUAGCCAUGUCAUAAUUUGGUAUUUCAGUUUUCUCUAAA